GUAAAACACAAUAAGUUUUUAAAAGCAAAUAUCAGUGGAGAUGAAGCAAAAAAAAUUUAUGAUGAUAUUAUUAAUGAAAUUAUAUUAAAUCAGAAAAAAAAAAUAAUAUCUAUUAUGACUAAUGAUAAUAAUAGUAAUUCAAUUAAAAUAAAUCCAAAUAAAAUUUUAAAAGCUGUUGAACAAGGUGAUAUUGAUUAUUUAAAUGAAAAUAAUGUCAAUAAAAUUUUUGAUAAUUAUGGUUGGACACCAUUAAUGUCAGCAGCUUGCUGUGGAAAUGAAUCUAUUGUUAAAUUUUUAUUAGAGUUGGACGCUAAUAAACAAUAUAAAAAUAAAUGUGGUUUAACAGCUCUACAAUUAGCAAAAAAAAAAAAUAAUUUUAAAGAUAGA